ACAUAACCCGGAUGAGGCUGAGCUUCCGGGGUCUGUAGCUGGAGCGGAGGAAAAGCAGGAUCAGCUGAACUACAGAAGAAAUAAAAAUAUUCCUGGUUUUCUCCAGAAAUUGAUCACUACCAACAACCAGGAUAUUUAAUAAAGAGCAGUGUUAAACUGCUGAAAGAGGUGAAGCACAAGCCGUCCAGAAGAAUCUCCUGAAAACGCAGAAAUUGUUUGCUACAUUUCACAGACAGAUGGAGCCAAGUCCCAACAUGGAGAAACAUCAGCACUCUGUCAAGAGUUUCACUAAACAGAGUGAUCUCAAAAAACACCAGCGCAUUCACACAGGAGAGAAACCGUAUUACUGCUCAGACUGUGGUAAGAGUUUUACUAGACAGAGUAAUCUCAAAAAACACCAGCGCAUUCACACAGGAGAGAAACCGUAUUACUGCUCAGACUGUGGAAAGAGUUUUAAUCAACAGAGUAAUCUCAAACUGCAUCAGCGCAUUCACACAGGAGAGAAACCGUAUUACUGCUCAGAUUGUGGGAAGAGUUUUACUAAACAGAGUACUCUCAAUAAUCACCAGCGCAUUCACACAGGAGAGAAACCGUAUUACUGCUUAGACUGUGGAAAGAGUUUUACUGAACAGAGUACUCUCAAAAUUCACCAGCGCAUUCACACAGGAGAGAAACCGUAUUACUGCUCAGACUGUGGGAAGAGUUUUAAUCAACAGAGUCAUCUCAAUAAUCACCAGCGCAUUCACACCGGAGAGAAACCGUAUUACUGCUCAGACUGUGGGAAGAGUUUUACUAAACAGAGUCAUCUCAAUAAUCACCAGCGCAUUCACACUGGAGAGAAACCGUAUUACUGCUCAGACUGUGGGAGGAGUUUUACUCAACAGAGUAAACUCAAAAAACACAAGUGCAUUCACACAGGAGAGAAAACUAUCCCAAAUUUGUUCCACUGCAAUAAAAAGCGCAAAUCGUAAAUCUUUCAGACAGAACACCUUAUCCUACACAAAUGUUUCACUCUGUCACUUGGGACACGUUCCACCAGAAACAAACAUGAACUGAAUUUAACAAUGGAUUUUACAGGUUCAGCAAAAUGAAUCUGAUCCAGCGAUGAUGUUUAUUGAAUUUAAUGUUAUGUUUUCUCGUAUGUUUGAAUAUUCCAGGACAUUCUUCGUGAGUUUUUAGGUCAGUUUUUAGGGUAGUUACGGUAGGAGUUCAGUUCUGAAGAAGGGAAGGUUGUUUAAGUUCGAGUGAGGGCACUGCCAGUGCUUGCACCAGAUGUUAGGUUAGCAUAAUUUAGUCUUUAAAAUUUAGAUGUUGUUAGGAGUACAGUAGGAUUCUUAGUCUGCAACUAAGCAUUUUGGAUCAAACCUUCAGUGCUUAUGCCUAAAAGGUUUUGAAUGCAUUUAAUCGCUUUUCUAGUAUAUACAGAUUUAAUUAUUUCCAUUAAUUUCCAGUAUCUCUGUUUUUCCUCUGUGGAAGCCGUCCUCAGUUCCCCAAGCUUAGCAUAGCUUACUUUAAUGCUGUCAACUGCCAGGCCACCCAUAUGAAAGGAUAAGGGGAAAACACCACCUGAGGAACUCCAGAGAGAGAGUGCUCACAAAAGUGUGACCCAGAGCCACAGAGAGACGACACUGUGCCGGGUACUGCCGUGUGGAGCAUUCAGACCCCACAGAGAGGCCAACAAACUCUUUUCCAGAGGUUAAAUAAAACGCUCCAGUCGUAGUUCUCACACUGAAAUCAACCCCCUCCAGACUUGUAUAGCGCAGUAAAGUUGCUGGCUCAUUUAUUGCCCCUGCUGUUGUUCUCUCUUUUACAAUAGAGGGAUAUUUGGUUGAUGUAUUACUCAAGUUUUUUACUCGUUUUCUUAUUAGAUAUUGUAUCUUGCUUAAGACUUUUUAAUCUCCAAAGUUACUAAGAAUAUCCAAUUAAUUUAGUUCAUUGAUUGUUUUUAUCCAGUAACAACUAUUAUCCUUGCAUUGCUUCACAUCUAUAUUUACUAGGGGUGCAGGAAAAAAAUCGAUUGGAGCUAACAUUGAACGAUUCAGAAUCGAUUCUCAUUUUCCAAAAAAACGUGUUUUUUGGGUGAAGCUACUGUCGCGCUGAGCUUUUUAACUGUCCCUGCGGAGCUCUUUAACUGUUAAAAAGCUCUGCGCGACAGUAGGUGAACUCCCAGUUAGGCAACAGAGGGGUGUGCAUGCUAAAAUCCAGUGUAUUUAGUAUCUUCUCUGCUUGUUACAUAAUUAUAGCCUAUCUAACGUUCCACUCUUGACCUUGUGGCUGUUUAUAAGUGUUUUCUAGUUUUAACAAUGUCUACCUUUUAGAAAUGAAUACAGGAUUAGUCAACCAUGCUAGAAAUUAAUCAUUCAUUAUUGUGGCACUGUCACUAUAUUGCAAAAAUAUUUUAUACAGUAAGGAACCUAAGUUUAUUGUUUGAAAUAAAUGUUCUAUUUGUUUAAAUUGUCUUUUCAUCUUUUUAUCUUCUCACAUAAUUUAAACAAAAUUUAUAGGCCAUUUGAAUUGAUAAAUCAUUCUAGAAUCGAAAAUCGUUUAUGAAUCGAACCUUGACCCCAAAAAUCGGAAUCGAAUCAAAUCGAAACACUGAGAGAUUCAUACCCCUAAUAUUUACUCGUGUGUGUUUCAAUAAAAUGCUUUUAUAUUGCAA